AGAAGACUCUAAAAUUAUAUUUCUGUUUCAGAUUACAGUGAGGUAAAAAUUCACCGAAUGUUAAAUGCAGAAUUGGCAGAUACUCUGGGAAAUUUAUUAAAUCGUACCUGUGCUCGUGCUUUAAAUCCUAAGCAGGUGUUUCCACAUUUUUCUCAUGAAGCUUUUCAAAAAUUAACCGAAUCAAAUGUGCAGCAUCUCAUUGAGGAAACAUCCAUCUUGCCUGAAAAAGUUAAGCAACAUUUCCUGGAAGGUUAUUUCUACAGAGGAUUAGAUUGCAUUAUGGCAUGUCUUAGAGACACGAAUGCUUUUAUGCAAUUUAAUAAACCAUGGGAACUUGCCAAACAUACAGAUGAUGAUAGCAAAGAAAAACUUGCUACUGUUUUACAUAUUGCUUUAGAAGUACUCAGGAUAAGUGGCAUAUUACUGCAGCCAGUAAUUCCAACUCUUUCUUCAUCUUUAUUAACAAGACUGGGAGUACCUGUAGAUAAAAGAGGAUGGCAUAAUUUACAAUGCUUUGAAUCUUACCACAAUUUGCAUAAUCCAUUAAUAGGACAAUCUCUAACACCUAGUAGUAUUCCAUUAUUUGAAAGAAGGAAGCAAUAAAUGUUCUCAUUUAAAUUAUGGGAAUUUUUAUGGAAUUGUAUAAAAUGUCUGUGCUUAGAAUAAAUUUAUUUUUUAAACUUGUAA